AUGUCUACUGAAGAUCCUGAUCCAAGCGCUGCUACAGAGGAAACUCCAAAUGCAGACGAGAACGCUGAUGGUUCUGAUGACGAUGAAGACCUCUUUGGAGAAGGAUCCGAUGAUGAGGAAGCGGCUGAAGAAGCCAAUGGAGAUGCUAAAGAAGACGCUCAAGAAGAAGCGGCUGAAGAAAGCAAAGAAGGAGCUCCAGCUCCGGCUCCAGAGUCGAAUUCUACGUUUAUUAUCGACAAAGCACCAGCUCCCGUCGAAGCACCCGCGGCUGCUUCACCUGCACCUGCCAAUAAUCCCAGUCCUGCCAAAAAGAUGGAUGCUCCCAUUCCCCGCACUUCUUCGGCCUCGGGAGGUAACAUUACAUCUCCCAUUCCAAGGUCCACUACCAUUCCUAGGAAUACCAUUCCCAAAUCACCACCAAAAGCAGCCUCCCCGAGUCCUGCCAAAUCCUCCUCGGGUCCUGAGGCCUACAAUCUUCCUUCAGGUGUCAACAUGCCCGAGUCUGUCAAUAACAAGCUCUUGCAAGGACGUCUUUUGGAUACUCUAAGAAGCCUGCCUACAAAUCUUAUCAACGAUGCUCUUACCGAGUACGACGAUGCCGUCAAAGUCAAACAAGGUUCCAUUCGCAAUCAUGGAGCCUAUCUCUAUGGAGUCAUUAAGCGCUAUGUCAGCGUCCAAGAACGAACUGCGGCAGGACAAGAAGCCGGCAUGGGCACUUCCUUGACUCCCGCCGUCAACUUACGGAUUGCACAAUUGAUUCGGGAACAGUUUUGCACGGAGGAAGAAAUGGGCAACAAGGUCAAAAUGAAGCUUCGUAUGCUUACGGAAAAGGAUGCCCUCUUGGCGAUUGAUGAAUUGGCCAGUGUCGAACGCCGACAGAUUCGAAACUUUGGAAGCUAUUUCAUGGGAAUCUUGAAUCGAUACAUGCGGGGUGAGGCCAAUCCUCAUGCGAACAAGAACAAACAAGAGAAGAACAAACGUCCUGACCAAAAUAAUUAUCGUGGUAAAAUUCAGGACCAUAACGAUGGGUAUCGAAACCAACGGAACAAUUUUGAUCAAGCCAGACCUGCGCCAAACAUGAGGCCGCCGCAGCAACAGCAGCCGCCCUAUAUGGGAAAUCAGCCCUAUGGGCAACAGCAACAAUCGUAUCAGCAGUCUCCUCCGAUGGUUGGAAUGGGUGGAGGUCCUCCUCUACCGCCACCUCCGCCGCCUCGUCCUGGAAUGAAUCCAUCGUACCCAGGCCAGCAACCGAACAUGGCCUAUGGUCAGCAACAUCAACAGCGAGGCCCUCCAACCUCACAGUAUGGCCCCCAAUCAGUCUCUGGACCUGCUUCUUCUUCGUACGGCCCUGCUUCGCAAUAUGGGAAUGUUUCUCUUCAAUCUCACAUGCCAGGAGGUGCCCCAAUGGGUGGUAUGGGUGGUCUUCCUCCACCACCCCCUCCUCCUCCAGGUCGAAUUCCAAAUCAAAUGUAUGGCAAUAACAAUCUCGCCCCUCCUAUGCAAGCACCUUCAAAUCAAUCGUACACGAAUCCUUCACAACAGCUGCAAAAUCAAUACUUGCCACCCAUGCAGCAAGGAGGAGGGUACAUGCAACAACAGGCCCCACCCAUGAACAAUUACCAGCAGCCACUGAAUCAACAGCAACAUCAAACUCCAGCUGGGAUCAUGGAUAUUCUUGGAAUUGCCGAUAAAGCGGCGUCGGCAGUGCAGGCACUUCAACAACACGGGGUCCCUCCCCAAAUGCAUCAGCAACUUCAACAACCACUCAACAUGUAUUCGUCAGCACCUGGACAGCAGCAACCGUUCAAGCAACCUGGAGGUUUUCAAGCACCCUAUGGCGCCCCAGGUAUGCAACAAUUCCAAAAGCAGAAUCCGUAUGGGCCACCGCCCAACAAGAAAAGCCGCCGUACCACUGCCACCAUGCAAGAACUUCCCAUGAAUGUCCAAUACGUCAUCCAGAAUCUCCAAAUGACUGGUCAAAUUGAUGGUCCCCUGGACGAAGGCAUCUUAGGUAUGGUCAAAGACUUGCCCGAAAGUCUUGCCAUGACAGCCUUUCAAAAAUUUGGAUCGAUUGACAAGCAAACCAUGCGUAACAAGACUGCAUAUCUGGCCGGAGUCCUUCGUCGCGAACUCGAGAAAAUCAAUCGACGGUAG